CGGAAGCCGCCGGCCGGCCCCGCGCCCCCGGCGGCUGAGUCAGGCGCGGAGCAGCCGAGCCGGCCCGUUACCGCGGGCGCCGGGGGCCGGGGCGGCGCUGUGGUUUCGGUGGCGGCCGCGGGCGGGCGCCUAAUGAGCUCUCGGCACGCACCCCGCGCCGGCGGCCCGCCCGGGCGUCACCCCCGAAACCUCGGGGUUUCUUCCGGGGGCCGGAGCGCGGGGUCCCCGCGGGCGCGUGCGCGGGGCCCGGGGCUGCGGGCCGGCGGCUCUGCGGGCGCGCGGGCGCCCCCUGGCGGGGUCCGACCCGCGCUCCCGGGCGGGUCUGCAGGGACCUGCGGCCCCGACCAUGGGGCCCCUGAGCCGGGAGACGUGGGCCCAGCGCCUGGGCGCCUUCCGGGCCAGCCCCGCCGCUUUCCUGGCGGGACCUGAGGGUGAAGAUCUGGGCCGGGACCUGCUGAGCGACCUCAGGAGUGACAAGCUGAGCGAUCAGAUCAAGGUUUCCUUGCUGGCCCUGAGCUUGGAGUACCCAACCGAACUGUGGCCUGAACCCCCCGCAGCCGAAGCAGCCGCCACCUGCCUGCUGGACACCCUCGUCCUUCUGCCCCCGCGGCCCACCCCGCUGCGGCGGCUCCUGUUGCUGGCGGCCACCACGGUGCUGGUGGCCGGAGAGGCGCUGGGCCCCACCUCCGCAGCCUCGUGCCGGCUCCUGCCGCUCCUGCUGGCCUUGGCCUCGGGCCGGGAGCUGGGGCGAGGCUUCGGGCCCGCCUCCGAGCAGCGCCCCCUGCAGGCCACGGCCUGCGAGUGCCUGCGGGAGCUGGAGAGCUGCCGGCCCGGGGUGCUGGGGGGCUGCCUGGGGCAGCUGUGCGCCCUGCUGGGACAGGACGGCCCGGUGCAGCCGUCCAGCCUGCUGCUGGCACUGGCCCUGCGCAAUGCUUUGGCCAUCCAGGCCAGGGCCGGGCUGCAGGGCCCGCUCCUGGCAGCGGACCCGCCCACGCAGGGUGGCCCCUGGAACUGGACCCUGGCCGAGGCCAGCGAAGGCCGCCUUCUGCCCCAGGCCCCCGUCUGGCCGGCAGCUGAGGAUGGGGAGAGUGUCCUCGCCGCACCAGCGCCCGGCCCCGAGGAGGCCCAUCAGCUGCGGACCACUGUCAACCAACUCCUGGACGCCUCGUACCUGCUCACCCCCACGGCGCAGGCGCAGCUCCUGUGGCUCUUGGGCUGGGCCCUGCGGGGCCUCCGGGGGCAGCCGCCUGCUCUCUUCAAGCCACAGCUGGUCCGGCUGCUGGGCACAGCUCAGCUGGCCCUCCUGCACGCCGUCCUGGCCCUGAAGGCGGCCUUCGGCGAGGCCCUGUUCACCGCCCAGGACGAGGCCUUGCUGCUCCGCCGGCUCACCCUGGCCGCCCAGCACCCGGCGCUGCCCGCCGCCACCCGCCUCUUCUACCUGCACUGCCUCCUCACCUUCCCCGAGAACUGCCCGCUGGGCCCGGCCCACGCCGCGGAGGCCCUCCCGCUGCUGCUCGGGCUCCCGUUGUGCCGGGGCCUCCUGCCCAGCCUCCUGGACGGCCCCCUGGCCUUCCUGGCCCGCCUGCAGCUGCUGUGCCUGCUCUGUGCCGAGGAGGAGGAGGAGGAGGAGAGGGAGGGGGAGAGCCAGGCGGGCCGGAGCCUCCGGCCCUACCUGGAGUCGCUGCUGGCCGGCCUGCGGCAGAGGGCGGCCCUGGAGGGAGCACCCCGCGCCGCUGUCACCCUCUGCUUCCAGGCCUCCUACCUGGUGGCCCGCUGCCUGCCCGGGCAGCCCGCGGUGCUGGCCGCGCUGACCCAGGGGCUGGCCCAGCUGUACCGUGCCCAGCCGGCGCUGGCUCCCCAUUUCGUGGACCUCUUGGGUCGGGUGGGCCCCGAGCUAGGGGCACCGCUGCAGGGGGCGCUGCAGCAGGAGGUGGUGUCGAGCCCCGGCGGGGACGAGGCCCUCUGUUGGCAUCUGCAGACGCUGGCCGCGGUGGCGGGUGGGGACAGCCAGCGGGCCACCCUGCGGUUCCUGCAGGCGGCUGCGGCGCGCUGCAACGACUGGGGCCUGGAGCAGGCCCUGCUGCGCGUGUGUCGCGCCCUGCUGCGCGCGGGGGACACGGGCGGCCUGGCCGACCUGCUGCAGGUGCUGGCCCGGGGGCUGCGGGACCCCGACGGGCGCGACCACGCCCGCCUCUACUACAUCCUCCUCACCCACCUGGCGGGCCCCAAGCUGGGGGUGGCCCUGGCGCCCUCGCUGGCCGCCCCCGCGCUGGCCUCGUCGCUGGUGGCCGAGAACCAGGGCUUCGUGGAGGCGCUGAUGGUGCAGGAGGCGCCGGCCCCCGUGCGCCUGUGCCUGGGGCCCCGCCAGGCCGCCGCCGCCAGCCCCGCGCCCUCCCUGCAGCUGCAGGUGGAGGCGCUGGAGCCUGUGUUCUCGCUGGAGUUGCGCUUUCAGGCGGAAGGUCACAUCUACGGGCCCCUCGCGGCCGUCCACGUGCCCUGCCUGCAGCCCGGUCGCCCCGGUCCCCCGCUGCGGCUGCCCCUGCAGCCCCGGCGCCCCGCGCCCGCGCAGCUGGCCGUGCGCGCCCUCUACACCACGCCCGCCGGCCGCACCUGCCACGCGCGCCUGGCGCCCCUGGCCGUGCCCUUCGACCACCUCUUCCUGCCUUUCCCCCCGCCCGCUGCCGGGGCCGGGCCCGGCUUCUUCGAGGAGCUCUGGGCCUCCUGCCUGCCCCAGGGCGCCGAGAGCCGCCUGUGGUGCCCGCUCGGGCCCCUGGGGCUGGAGGACUUGGUGGCCCGCCACCUGCAGCCCUUUGUGGUGGCGGCCCAGCCCCCCAACAGCUACCGUGUCGCCAUCCGCCUGCCCCCCGCGUCGCGGCUGCUGCUGCGGCUGGAGGGGCCGCAGGGGGACGGCGUGCCCGUGGCGCUGUGCACCGACGACUGGGCCGUGCUGGGCCUGGCCGCGGGCUACCUCCGGGGGCUGGCGGCCGCGGCCUGAGCCCGCCCUGGCCGGGGCCCCUGCCUUUUGAGGG